AUGUAUAUCCUCGAGCAACUCGCACGUCUAUUAGACCGGCCGUUAUUCCCGUGGAAGACUGUCCUCGUGGGGUUCUCCGUGGGGCAAUAUGUCCUAGAGGGACUGCUGUCGUUCCGGCAGUACAAGGUGCUGCAGCGGACCAAACUACCCAAGGUGCUGGAGGGUGAAGUGUCUCAAAAGGUUUAUGAUGAGAGCCAGGCAUACAGUCGCGCCAAAGCCAAGUUUGGCUUCAUUUCGGGUCUCUACGGACAAAUCCAGAAUCUGGCCUUCAUCUACGGUGACGUGUUGCCCAAGCUCUGGGGUUUUAGCGGCCUGCUCCUCUCGCAAUAUUUGCCUGCUCGAUUCCAGGGAGAGAUUUCCCAGACCCUGCUGUUCAUCUUUGCGUUCAACCUGAUCUCCACCGUUUUGUCCCUGCCGGUCGCCUAUUACAACACCUUUGUUCUCGAGGAGAAGUUCGGGUUCAACAAGCAGACUGUCAAGCUUUGGGUGACGGACAUGCUCAAGGGUCAGAUGCUGGGGGUCGUUCUGGGUGCGCCAAUCAUCAGCGCGGUGCUCAAGAUCGUCCAGAAGACCGGCAACUCCUUCUUCUACUACCUGUGGCUGUUUGGUGUCUUCGUCCAAAUCUUUGCCAUCACCAUUUACCCGAUCGUCAUCUUGCCUCUGUUCAACAAACUUUCCCCCUUGGAGCCCGGUGAUCUGAAGACCGGCGUGGAGCAGCUGGCCCGCAAGCUCAAGUUCCCUCUUUCCGAGCUGUACGUCAUCGAUGGCAGCAAGCGCAGCGCCCACAGCAACGCUUACUUCUAUGGCCUGCCGUGGAAGAAGCACAUCGUCAUCUACGACACCCUGAUCGAGAAGAGUGAACCCCAAGAAGUCGUUGCUGUCCUCAGCCAUGAACUCGGUCACUGGAGUCUCAGCCACACCACCAAGCUCUUUGGUAUCGCUCAGUUCCACAUGUUCUACAUCUUCGCUCUCUUCUCGGUCUUUGUCAACAACCAGUCUUUGUAUCAGUCUUUCGGCUUCUUCAAGGAGCAGCCCAUCAUGAUCGGGUUCCUGUUGUUUUCUGAUGCUCUCGCCCCCAUGGAUGCCGUGGUGAAGCUGCUGAUGAAUAUUCUCAGCCGGAAGUUUGAGUUUGAAGCUGAUGCAUUUGCUCAGAAGCUCGGAUACUCAGAUGAACUUGCCCGCUCACUCCUGAAGCUUCAAAUCCAGAACUUGAGCACCAUGGAAGCGGAUUGGAUGUAUGCCAGCUACCACUACUCGCACCCUAUCCUCCCUGAGCGCCUGGGCGCUCUUGGCUGGAAGGGCGGAAAGGUCACCGACGCCAAGGCAGAGGACAGCGACAAGCCCGUCAAGGCGGCUGACCGAGAGCUCUAG